AUGUCGGCCACGCUCAUCCCGGCCAACCCGGCGGACGUCAUGGUCAUCCGCAACGUGACGCCCAACGUGGCCACGUUUUCGGUGCCGUUUCUGCGCUUCGGCAAGAUUAAGAUUGGCGGCCGAGGCACCGUCGUCAAGCUCAGCUCGGGCGCGCUCGCCGUCUUCUCGCCGACGGCGCUGACCGACGACGUCAAGGCCAAGGUGGCCGAGAUGGGCGGGCAGGUGGCGUACAUCGUCGCGCUCGACUUUGAGCACCACAUCUUCAUCUCCGAGUGGUCCAAGGCGUACCCGGGGGCCAAGCUGGUGGGCGUCGAGGGCCUGCAGGAGAAGCGCGACAAGGCGGCCGGCAGCGACGCCAAGAUCGGCACGGAGCGCUUCGACGUCGUCUUCACAAAGGCCAACAAGCGCGAGACGCGCAUCGGCGGCGACUUCGACGCCGACUUUGAGUACGAGUACGUCGACGGGCACCCCAACCUGGAGCUCGUCUUCCUGUACCGCCCGGACCGCGUCGUCAUCGAGGCCGACCUGCUCUUCAACCUGCCCGCCACGGAGCAGUACAGCCGCGUGCCCGAGGCGGAGCGCAACAGGAGCGGCGGCCUGCUCGAGCGCGUCUUCCUCGGCGCCCAGGGCAAGAAGGGCGAGGAGCCCACCUGGGUGCGCCGCGCCAACUGGUACCUGUCCAAGGACCGCGCGAGCCUGACCGAGAGCGUCAAGCGCAUCGCCGCAUGGGACUUUGACACGGUGGUGCCCUGCCACGGCGACACGCUCGAGGGCGACGGCAAGGACGUCUUUGUCAAUGUGUUUAAGUGGCACAUUGAGGGCAAGCACUGA